UGACGGUAUUGCGCAGCAGGGACGUUCCUCUCAGACUCAGACCCCAGGGUUGGGGAUGUACUCGAGAAGCAGUCGGUAGCCGCCCACCACCACGGAGUACCACACCGGGGCCAGGCGGCGGCCCCUGCAGCGCUCUCGGGGGCCGGCCUGUCAGCAGCAGCUCCUGUAGGCCGCGGCUGAAGGUGGCGGGGGGCGCAGCAAAUGGUUGGGCCGGAGGAUGCCGGCGGCCGCUGCGGGGAGAACGUGACCGAGGAGGGGGAAGAAGCGGAGGAGGAGGAGAGCGGGCCGUACAUCAGCGCUCCUGGCAUGAGACUGACCAACGGAGACCUGGGCUACCUCCCCCAGACCGGCGGCCGCGAUAGCAAGCUGCCCAACGGCGGAGUGAGCCCGGGAUGCGCCUGUCACCGGCAGUGCUGCUCGGCACCGGCCCCCUCCAGCACCCCGCCUGUCAGCUCGUCCAGCUCCGACUCCUCCCCGCUCAGCGCUCACACCGUGGCCGGUUACUUCGUCUCCGCCGAGGCUGACCGCUUCCGUUUCCUGGAUGUCACUCUGAGCUCGCGGAAUACGUACGAAGUCAGCCGGCGGCAGAGCGCCCCGGACCACCUGGCGGACGGGCUGAGCCUCCCCGAGGGGGAGAGCCCGGAGCCCGGGGAGCAGGAUGGGGACCGACCCUGGAGGAUGGGCAUCGCCGACUUCUUCUCCAGGAACUUCUUUUCUAAAAGAUCAAAGGACCUGAAAUCGCCUACAGCGAGCGCUCCCGGCUGGAAGCUGUUUGGUAAAGUUCCUCCUAGAGAGAACGCUCAGAAAGACUGUAAAAUCCUUCAGCAGGAUGACAGCUCUGGCGGUCUCUCUUCAGUCUCCACGCCAAAUCUAUUAAACACAGGGGAAUAUGAAACCCGGACUGGGAGGACAUGCAAAGCCCUAACCCAAUCCACAAGACGUAAAAAAUUUGAAAUUGAACCACUCUCCACUACAGCUCUUAUCUUAGAAGAUCGACCUGCGAAUCUUCCAGCGAAAUCCGUCCAUGAAACCAUGCGCCACAGACAGGAGUAUGAUGAGAUGGUAGCCGAAGCUAAAAAACGAGAGGUUAAAGAGGCACAAAGAAGAAAGAAGCUGAUGAAGGAAAGAUUCAAGCAAGAGGAAAAUAUUGCAAGUGCUAUGGUCGUCUGGAACACUGAAAUCUUGCCAAACUGGGAUGCUAUGAGAAAUACAAGGAAAGUUCGAGACCUUUGGUGGCAAGGCUUACCACCCAGUGUACGUGGCAAGGUGUGGAGCCUGGCUGUAGGGAAUGAACUUAAUAUCACAUCAGAGCUUUAUGAAAUCUUCCUCUCUAGAGCUAAGGAGCGCUGGAAAAGCUUCAGUGAGACAACCUCCGAAAAUGAAUCGGAAGAUGCAGGGGUGUCGGUUGCUGACAGAGAAGCCAGUCUAGAGCUAAUUAAACUAGACAUAUCCCGAACAUUCCCGUCACUGUAUAUUUUCCAGAAGGGGGGACCGUAUCAUGACUUGCUGCACAGCGUGCUGGGGGCCUACACGUGUUACAGACCAGAUGUUGGUUAUGUCCAGGGCAUGUCCUUCAUCGCAGCAGUGCUCAUUCUGAACUUGGAAGAAGCUGAUGCAUUCAUAGCCUUUGCAAAUCUUCUCAAUAAGCCAUGCCAGCUGGCCUUCUUCCGGGUAGAUCACAGCAUGAUGCUGAAAUACUUUGCAGCCUUUGAAGUAUUCUUUGAAGAGAAUCUCCCCAAGCUUUUCCAGCACUUCAAUUCCUAUAGUCUUACACCAGACCUCUACCUGAUAGACUGGAUAUUUACUCUGUACAGUAAAUCGCUACCACUUGAUCUUGCCUGUCGAGUGUGGGACGUGUUCUGCAGGGACGGCGAGGAGUUCUUGUUUCGAACUGCGCUGGGAAUCCUGCGACUGUAUGAAGAUAUCCUUUUACAGAUGGACUUUAUUCACAUAGCACAGUUCCUCACAAAACUGCCUGAUGACAUUACAUCCGAGAAGCUCUUCAGCUGCAUUGCAGCUAUUCAGAUGCAAAACAGUAAUAAAAAGUGGACCCAGGUAUUCGCAUCACUAAUGAAGGAUUACAAAGAGGGCGAUAAAAAUAGUCCCGCAUCCAAAACUUAACUAAUGAGAUAUUUCUGAUGGCAUAAAAACUCUCUAACGAGCAGAGGGACCCACUGUGUGUCCUAGGAUUGAGAACCACUACAGACGAGUAUGAUCUGAGGAUCCCUCCCAGGGGAUUGCACAUUGACUUCAAUAAAAGCAGAGCAGCCCUUCUCUUGUCAGUAUUAAGAAUAAAACACAGAUCUCUGCAUUUGUUUUCUGGAGGACACUAAGAUUUUAUUUUAUUUUUUUGCAUUUGCAACUACAUGGGUAAUAUUUAAUAUACGUACAAAAUAUUUAAUGCAAUAAACCUUUGUAAUGGAACUUUUACUAGGUACACUAAGUUUUCAAGUAUACAUAGAAAAAAAAAAAAAAGAUGCACUUUUUGUUCCCCUUUUGGUAACUGUGCAAACGUUUCUACCAGACAUCAAACUGCAGCCUGAACCAAACAUACUGACUGGUACCAAGAGACGGCAGACAGGUCAAUGUUCAACUCUGCAGAGGACCAAAUGCAUGUCGCUGCGUGGUAAUAGUGGCAGUGCCGUAACAGCAGCCGGAUACAGGAGGAACGAUACUGAAUGUCAUAUUGAAUGCAGUUUUUUGUUGUUUUAGGUGUUUUUUUUUUUGGUUUUUUUGGGGGGGGGGGGGGGGGGGGGGUUAUAUGCACUACUCUCACCAACAGUCACUCCCAGCACACUACUCCUGACAAUGAUAUGACUCUGUAGUGGGUGAUCGUUUUAGUUGUAUUUUGUCAGAUAUCUAUUUUAUUAGUCCAUAUUGUACAGUCAAAUUCUUUUGCUGUUUUUUUUUUGCUGUUCUUUGAAGCCCACCUAGUCAUACCCUGCACUAGGCAUGAUCCAGAACACUUGGAGCACUCCUUUAAUGUACCUCAACAGAGCCGCAUGUUAUAACUUGCUGUAUUUCCAUUGUCUUUUUUUUUUUCUCAUGCUUUUAGUGUAUUACUUUUACAUUACAAGGUCCAUAGGACGUGGUACAUACUGGAAUAUCUUUCCAAGAAGCCAUGAUUGUUGUUUUCAGUAUAUCAAGCUUUCUUCACAAACCUGGUCUCAAAAGUCUGAUAAGAAAUACGGAUCGCACAACAUCAGUUUUAAGGGGGUUCUAUGGGUUUAGUCAGGCAUAAAGAUAGAAAUCUUACUUUGUACCUUGUGUUCCAGAUCAGCACGUUCCCUUGGCACCUCUUCAGGUGGUUACCAACAUCUUUUAUUUGGUACCACAUCUGUGGACGCCCUGACCAGAGAGGGCACUUUGCUUGAUCUUAGGUCUGGAGAUAAUCGCACGCCCCGUCAGCAUUGACACACAGGGAUAUAUAUGUACGGUUGGGGAAAUAUUUUCCAGCUCGGACGAUGGUUUACAAUCAAGGUCCCUUUCCCUUACAAGUCAGUUUCCGGCACUAUACUGUAUGGACCGGUGCUAACCUUGCUGUGUCCUAAGCUUGGGAAGAUGUCAUCCACAGGUAGAUGCUGCUUUACUACUAUAGAUGCUGCGAUGCUACUAUACUUAUGGCAUCCGUGAAUGGAAAAUGUGAAUUCCAGCAUUCCUUCUUACUUUCAUCCCGACGUCCGUUGUAUUCAGUGCAGAUGUUACCACCUUUUAGGCUUGUGUAUGACUGCUCAGUAACACUAAGCCAAUCUGGUUUUAGAGCUGUGCUUCCUUGUGUAUUUUGUGCAGAUAUAUUGCUAAUAUUACAUAUGUAUACGUUGCUCGAUGCUACUUGUAAGGUGAUCUGAAGGAGCUGAAUCUGAAUAGUGGUUUUAAGAUGUGCAAUACUGAAUUCUCCUUUUAUGUCCUUAGCCCUUUUUCAGGACUUGUCCGUAAUCUUACUUGCUUUGCAGCCUGCUGAAAAUGGGCAGAGGGGGGAGGGGAUCAUUUUAUUAGGGGAUUCACUCGUUGGUGAAGUGUAAAUGUAAGCCUUUUUUGUGUGGAGCGUAUGCUGGCCUUUCUGCUCAAUAUUUUAUUAUAGGUGUCUUGUAUUUGUCAGUGCUGUCGGAGUUGUAAUAAGGCCGUGUUCACAUUUCAUUCCAACGGCUACCAGUGUAUACGUCAAAUGUAGCCAUACACUCCUGGUCCUGACGAAGGCCAAGAGAGUGUCAGGCUGGGAUACGUUGGCAGAGAUUUUUUUUUUUUUUUCACUAUAUAGGAAAGUAGGGUCUACUGAGCUUUCCUAUAUAGUGGUCCAACACACAAAUAGUAUUUAUUUCAUUAUUAGGUCCUACGUGUGAUGUAUGACACUCUGACGCACUCUGGCAUGUCAGGCAUUUAAAGUAGGCACUGUACUCUUGGAGAUUUUACUUGUGUAUACGCUGGCUGUAAAGGAAAAAUGUGAUGUGAACACAGCCUUAAAGGGGUUAACCACUUUAUAUUAACUUUUACAAAUGUGCUGGAAACAGCACUAUAAUGAACUUACUAAUAUAUUAUCAGAGCAUCUACCUCAUUCUCCCCCGCUGUGCAGUGCUGUCACCUUGUGUAGCACAGCCGGCUCCGAUGUAAGCAUGGCUGACCCCUCCAUUAUUGGACCGCUUUGAGUAACACUGUGCACGGCAGUACUACACAAAGGGCCGGCGCUGCUGCACAGCAUGGGACAAUGAUGCAAAUGCCCUGAUAACUAUAUUAGUAAUGCCUCAUUCACACCAGUGUUUUGGACAGUGACUUCGAGCUAAAACCAGGCGCUGCGCUAAACGCAGAACAGUUGCAGGUCUUUCCCUUAUACCUUAUGUCUGUGGAGGCUCCAAUCAUGGUUUUGGCUCACAAUCACUGAAGGAAAUCACUGACCGAAAUACUGACGUGUAAAUGAGUCUAAGUCAGUAAGGCCAGACACAGACUAGCAAGUUCAAUGCAAGAAACUCCGCUCUGCUGACAGAAUCUGAGAGAGCUGGAAACUACUGAAUUACACUGACAGCAUUAUGCCAGUGUAAUUCAGUAGGGUCCAGGUCUAGCAGGGACACACAACAUUAUAAAUCCUUAUAAUGCUGUGCGUUCCUGUCAGGAGCAGAGUUCAGAACAGGAACUCACACUGCCACACGCAGCAAGUUUCUCGCAUUGAACUCGCUCGUCUGUUUCUGGCCUUAUAUUUGUGAAAGUUACUAAAAAGUGGCCAAUCCUGUGGUAUACAGUGAUUCUAGAGAAACUCCAUCAGCAAUAUGAACUUCUACUGACCACCUUCAUGCCCAAACACAAACAGUCAACUGAAGGGGAGAGCGUAGACGACUAUGGUGAUAGGCGCAAUUGAUAUGCAGAAGAUGGAGUGGCCUGCUGUCACCUGAUGCUAGGGAUAUUGCAGUGGACUAAUCAUGACUUAAGCUGGCCGAACAUAUUUUUCCAAUAGCUGUCUCUCCUGACACCAUCAUCAACAUGCAAGCUUGACCUGAUCAAUCGUGCAUGUUUAUUUCAGUAUGGAGAACAUGGAUAACAGACCUCCAGCAUGUUCAAUCCUCAUGGCUCCUCAUUUCUACUGGGGUAGGGUUGGUUGGUGUCCUCCAGUCCCACUGAAAUUGACGGGUUGGGCAUAGGUUUAUCUAAGGUGUGUGUGGCCAGCUUUUAAAUGAGCAUAAAAAUCACUGCCUUAAAUCAGCAAGAUGGCCAUUCGCAAGGGAUGGUGCUUUUCACUUGUUUUUAUGGAAUACAAAAUAUCACCUUUUUAAUAAAGUUCUUGCAUAAAAAAUGUAAACUAAAAUUAAAGUCUAGUGAAGCUCAUUUGCUUCUCCACUAGUGACACACACGAGCAGAAGUAGGAAAAUGACGGAAGUGCCAGAUACGGCACAUAGGGGCAACCACCAGCGACCAAUGGACCCCAUUGACUGUCAUGGGAUCCGUUGUGUUUCUGGCACGGUGUCUGUUAUUUUAAGAGACUAUAACAAUGCGUGCUGGGGUUUUUCAAGCAAAAUUUGUGAUGGAGCCUCCCAGGCAGAUUGCUUUACUGUUUUAAAGUGUCAACUGUUAAAUUGGUUGUCCUGGACUUGACUAUUGAUGACCCAUCCUUAGAUCCUGACAUCUCCUUCAUUGAUCAGCUGUAAGAAAGGGCCUUUGCUUUCCUUGGAAAUUUUCAAAAUGGUAUACCACUGAAAUUAGUUUUGAAAAACCCUCCAGUCAUUGCCCUCUAGGAGGCACUUGUGUCCAGUUCUACAAAAGCCGCAAUAGGCUAAUAAAAGCUACUGACCAAAAAAUAGUUUGAAGAAUUGGUUGGCACAGAUUGGUGCCAUAGAUGUGAAUUAUUACGAGGCAGUGGUCUAUUUCCACUUUUUGAUGUUCCCAACUAGAUGAUAUAUAUAUACAGUAUAUGACUGUCCCAUUUAUUGGUAAUGUUUUAAAGUUCCUAUUAUAUUAAUAUUUCUUGUUGCAUUGGAAAUGGUAAAAUUUUCAUUUAUGUGACUUGCAAUUAUAUUUUUCAUGCGGAAUUUAAUUUUUUUUAAUGGUGGUUUCUGUAAAACCUCAACCUUUCCAGGUCUCCCGAGACGACUACAGUUUAAUGGUAUUGUGCGUCUGUCGCUUAUUUGUGGUUUAAUAGUUUCUCCCUUUUGUAGAGAUUCCUUUUCUAUGUAUGUGUGACAAAAAAUAUAAAGAUGCAAAUGUAACCCGUUCAGUGUAUUACCAGGCCUGGGCAGCAAUGACGCCGUGGAGGACCCACACUAGACUGGCUCACAUUUCCUGUUUUGUGUUGCUGCUCUAUGACUCUACACGUGUAAACUCGAAUGUUACAUAUAAUUUAUGUAUUGCUUUUAUGUCAUUCAAAGUAUUUCCAAUUUUUUUGUGGCUAUUGUACAGUUUUCUUACUUUUCAAGUAUAAACCUGUAUAUAGAACAUGUACAUAGAAGGGACUUAGCCUUCAUUUGAGACCACUAGAUGAACAAUUCCUAUGUAAAUAAAACUUGGAAGCUGGAGCUUUUA